UGCCUCGCUGGGCUUCCCCCCCCCCCCCUCCCCCGUUUUGGUGGGUGGGGGGCGGCUGCCCCUCCGCAGGGGAGCGGCGGCGGGCGUUCCCCUCCUCCGGGCAGGAUGGCGGACCUGGACAGCGAGGUGCCCCCGCUGCCCCCGCGUUACCGGUUUCGGGACUUGCUGCUGGGCGAGCAGGGCUGGCAGAGCGACGACAGGGUGCAAGUUGAAUUCUAUAUGAAUGAAAAUACAUUUAAAGAGAGACUAAAGCUCUUCUUCAUCAAAAACCAAAGAUCAAGUCUGAGAAUACGAUUAUUCAAUUUUUCUCUCAAGCUACUAAGCUGUUUCUUAUACAUAAUUCGUGUGCUCCUGGAUGAUCCUACACAAGGAUUUGGAUGUAAGGAAUUAAACCAGAGUUGUUCCAAUCAAAACUACACACCUGGAACGAUUGAUUGGUCUCCUAUUAUUUGGGUGAAUCGAAGCUUGCCUUUAUGGGGCUUACAGGUUUCUGUGGCUUUAAUAAGUCUCUUUGAAACUCUGCUGCUGAGUUAUCUAAGCUAUAAGGGAAAUAUGUGGGAACAAAUUCUGAGAAUACCCUUUCUCCUGGAAAUAAUUAAUGCUGUCCCUUUCAUCAUCACGAUUUUCUGGCCAGUCCUAAGAAACCUGUUUAUUCCUGUAUUUUUAAAUUGUUGGCUGGCAAAGCAUGCUUUAGAGAAUAUGAUUAAUGAUCUUCACAGAGCCAUCCAACGCACGCAGUCUGCAAUGUUUAACCAAGUCCUCAUUUUAAUAUCUACCUUACUAUGUCUUAUCUUCACUUGUAUUUGUGGAAUUCAGCAUCUGGAACGAGCAGGAAACAGGUUGACUCUCUUUGACUCCCUUUAUUUCUGCAUAGUGACAUUUUCCACUGUGGGCUUUGGGGAUGUUACACCCAAGAUAUGGCCUUCAAAGCUGCUUGUUGUCAUUAUGAUCUGUGUUGCUCUUGUGGUGUUGCCCAUACAGUUUGAACAGCUGGCAUAUUUGUGGAUGGAGAGACAAAAGUCUGGUGGUAACUACAGUCGACACAGAGCUCAGACGGAAAAACAUGUUGUGCUGUGUGUUAGCUCUCUGAAGAUUGACUUACUUAUGGAUUUCUUAAAUGAAUUCUAUGCUCACCCCAGAUUGCAGGACUAUUAUGUCGUUAUUUUGUGUCCUACUGAGAUGGAUGCUCAGGUCCGAAGGGUGUUACAGAUCCCAAUGUGGUCCCAAAGAGUUAUCUAUCUGCAAGGCUCAGCACUAAAAGAUCAAGACCUGUUGAGAGCUAAAAUGGAUGAUGCUGAAGCUUGUUUCAUUCUGAGUAGCCGCUGUGAGGUGGACCGGACAGCAGCUGAUCAUCAAACCAUUUUAAGAGCAUGGGCAGUUAAAGACUUUGCUCCAAAUUGUCCUUUGUAUGUCCAAAUACUGAAACCUGAGAAUAAAUUCCACAUCAAGUUUGCAGAUCAUGUUGUGUGUGAAGAGGAAUUCAAAUAUGCUAUGCUAGCUCUAAACUGUAUAUGCCCAGCUACCUCUACAUUAAUCACUCUGCUGGUUCAUACAUCUAGGGGACAAACAGCCCCAUGGGAAGCUUUUAGACAACUAACUGGAACGAAGCAGACUUUAAACAGGGAGAGUCAGCAAUCACCAGAACAAUGGCAGAAGAUGUAUGGCAGAUGCUCUGGUAAUGAAGUGUAUCAUAUUAACCUGGAAGAAAGUACUUUUUUUGCUGAGUAUGAGGGGAAAAGCUUCACAUAUGCUUCUUUCCAUGCACAUAAAAAGUUUGGAGUCUGUCUGAUUGGUGUUAGAAAGGAAGAUAGCAAAAACAUUUUGCUGAAUCCAGGUCCUCGAUAUAUCAUGAGUUCUACAGAUAUAUGCUUUUAUAUAAAUAUCACCAAAGAAGAGAAUUCUGCUUUUGAGAAGCAAGAAAAGCAUAAAAAAAAAAAAAGAUCAAAAUUAUCUUAUCAUGGAGCUUCUAGGUUACCUGUACACAGUAUAAUAGCCAGCAUGGGGACAGUGGCUAUCGAUUUACAAGAUACAGGAUGCCGAACGUCCAGCAGACCUACGCUGGCUCUUCCUUCCGAGGGAGGUAAAGAGGGCAGACGGCCCAGUAUAGCACCUGUUUUGGAGGUUGCAGAUUCAUCCUCACUUCAGACGUGUGACCUGCUCAGUGACCAGUCAGAAGAUGAAACUACCCCAUCAGAUGAUGAAGUCUCUGCAGGCUUAGAGUAUGCCAAAGGCUAUCCUCCUUACUCUCCAUAUAUCGGAAGCUCUCCCACAUUUUGUCAUCUUCUGCAUGAAAAAGUACCCUUCUGUUGUCUAAGACUAGAUAAGGGAUGCCAGCAUAACUACUAUGAAGAUGCCAAAGCCUAUGGAUUCAAAAAUAAAUUGAUUAUAGUUGCAGCAGAAACUGCUGGAAAUGGCUUAUAUAACUUUAUUGUUCCACUCAGAGCUUAUUACCGACCAAAGAAAGAACUAAAUCCCAUUGUAUUACUCCUGGAUAACCCGCCAGAUAUGCAUUUUCUGGAUGCAAUCUGUUGGUUUCCCAUGGUUUACUACAUGGUGGGCUCUAUCGACAACCUAGAUGACUUAUUAAGAUGUGGGAUCACCUUUGCAGCUAAUAUGGUGGUGGUGGACAAAGAAAGUACAAUGAGUGCUGAGGAAGACUACAUGGCAGAUGCCAAGACCAUUGUAAAUGUUCAAACACUCUUUAGGUUGUUCUCAAGCCUAAGCAUUAUCACAGAACUAACUCACCCAGCCAAUAUGAGAUUCAUGCAGUUCAGAGCCAAAGACUGCUAUUCUCUUGCUCUAUCCAAAUUAGAAAAGAAAGAGCGGGAGAAGGGAUCUAAUCUGGCAUUUAUGUUUCGACUGCCCUUCGCUGCUGGCAGGGUUUUCAGCAUCAGUAUGUUGGAUACACUGCUUUAUCAGUCAUUUGUGAAAGAUUAUAUGAUUUCUAUCACAAGACUUCUGCUGGGACUUGAUACCACACCAGGAUCUGGGUUUCUUUGUUCCAUGAAAAUCACAGAAGAGGAUCUAUGGAUUAGGACGUAUGCCAGACUAUAUCAGAAACUUUGUUCUUCUACAGGAGACAUUCCAAUUGGAAUCUAUAGGACAGAAUCCCAAAAGCUUACAACAUCCGAGUCACAAGAAAUGGCUUCACAAUCUCAAAUCUCUAUCAGUGUGGAAGAAUGGGAAGACACGAAAGACACCAAAGAACAGAUUAGUUAUCGUAGUAGUCAUCGUAACUCAACAUCUAGUGAUCAGUCUGAUCAUCCCUUGUUACGACGAAAAAGCAUGCAGUGGGCCCGACGGCUGAGCAGAAGAGUACCAAGACACUCUGGUAAAACAACUGAGAAGAUAAACCAGCAGCGAAUGAACCUUUACAGGAGGUCAGAAAGGCAGGAGCUUGCUGAACUUGUGAAAAACAGGAUGAAGCAUCUGGGCCUUUCUCCAGCAGGAUAUGAUGAAAUGAAUGAUCACCAGAACACCCUUUCUUACAUCCUGAUCAAUCCUUCUCCAGAUACAAGAUUAGAGCUGAAUGAUAUAGUAUAUUUGAUCCGACCUGAUCCAUUGGCUUAUGUUCCAAAUAGUGCACCUAGCCGAAAAGACAGCUUCUGCAAUACAGUGGGACAAGACACCAGGGAGGAGACACAACUUUGAUAUGUAACUCAGCACAAAAUUAAGAGACAAUUUUAUACACAUGUUGUUUCCACUAACCAUUUUGAAAACUGAGUGGUACAUUUUAUUCAGAUUUUGGAAACAAAGUGACAGUGGGUAAGUGACCAAAUUUAGAAAUGUGGUGUCUAGAAACUCUGAUUUAAGGGACUGUCAGGCUUGUGGCCUGUUCAAUAUGGUAGUUGAACUUUGUCAGUUUAAGAGAAUUAUGACACCUGUUACUAUUUAACCAAUAUGAACAAAUGAUUCAAGAAGUGACAGAUUCCACCAUGUGUUUUGCUUGGAUGCUUCUAGGCAUAUUUAUCAAGGUGACAGCACGUCAGUGACUAAGCUUUUGACCUACAUCAGUAAAGGUUAUCCAAUACCUGUAGAGAGACCAUGCAUAAUUUGUAGUAGAAAAUAUGUUAUUACCUAAAGAUGCCAAUGAGGCUUUGCGUGUCAAGAAUCCAGUCUUUGAAAUAAUUUUGAGUCUCAGCUUAUCACCUGUUUUUAUUAGAACAGGCUAGUUUCAGUCCCGUUUUAGCCUCCAGGACUUGGGUGUUAGUCCUCUGGGUUUACACAGAUCAGGUUGAAUGACACAGCCUAGUCACACCGUAGAGGUUGAGGUCUGAGGCAUAUCCACUGAGAUUAGCUCAGAGGAGCCCCCCUGGAGGAAAGUCCCUAUCAUCUCACACAGGCAGCCCCCCACAUUUACAAAAACUGGGAAGGUACUAUCUGUUUGAAGCUGCAAACAAUGGUAGUUCAGAUAAAAUAUAAACAUUUUAACCUUAGUGAAUUUGUCAAUAGAAGCCUGAAUAGAUUAUGAUACAAAAGUGAGAGCAUUCCUCUAGGGAACAAUUCAUACCACAAGUCCUUCCCAUUUCCAUGAACAUGCCAGAACUGCAACCGUCCAAAGUAUGUACAUGCCCAGUCUUUCAGAUUACCCAAAUAUGAUACAUUUUCCUAUGAAAUUACAUAUCCCACAUUGUAUGAAAAGGCACCAUGGAUUUGAAGACUCCAUUUUGGCAUUAAGUGCACAAGAAAGCAUCUGCUAGUGUAUGAAACAUCUGAAGCUGCUGCAGAAUCUCCAGUCUACACAUACAAGAGUGCAACAAUUGGUCAAGCUUUCUACAGAAUUAAACGUGCCUGUACGUGAUCUUCUAAAAAUCACAUUCUUGCUUUGCCAUCUUUCACAAAGGGGGAAGAGCAUGCUUAAGGUAAAAACUCUGUUACAAUUAUCCAUAUAGAACUGGUACAAGAAAUUUGGAAGGUAGACUACAAUGGAAACACUGAUUAUUCUUUGAAUUCCCUUGAUGUCCUACACAUAACCAAAUUCAGUCAAAAUUUUCUUUAUUCUCUUCUAUAUUAUUUGGUAGAACAACUACAAUUUAUUUCUGAAAAAUAAAAUACCAAGUUGCCCAGUGAACAAUUCAUGGAUGUGAGUAUGCUUAUCAGCAUUGUAGCGAUGUUAAGUCACAUUCAUAUUAGGAAUGACAGCAAAUCUGCUAUUAGUCCCUCCCUUCCUCUAUAAUUCUUCCAAAACUUAACUAAUCUGUUCCAUAUUAAGUCAGAAAUGCUAAAGCCACAACUAUAAAAGAACCACAGAGGUCUCAGAGUGGACUGAAGCCAUCAGAAGACCAAGAGUACCAGUUUCAAAAGAAAAAAGGAUAACUAGAAAGUAGGGUUUCUCAGCCAUUUUUUUUAUAUUGACAUAUUGAAGUAGCAUCAUGGUUCAGAAGGGUUUCAGUGAUUCUGCAUUGAGUCUGUUAUUGUUCAGCGUUUUUCCACACAUGCAAGUCACUUAUCAGGUUAUUCACAGGUAAAGACAAAGUAUUUCAGAUGUUCCCUCUGGACACUGUGGAAAAAAAAGAAACAACUGAAACAGCUGCGCAGACUGAGGUCUACAAUUUUCUUAAAACAAACAGUAUAUGGUACAGAAUCUUGCCUGUCAUAGCAGUUAUCCCAGAAGAGACUGCCCGUGCAGUGUGAAUAACUUCCUAUUUUUAAUGCCCAGUGAGAAGACUGUAUUCCAGUUGAAUAUUUUCAAAAAAAUACAAGUUUCUUAAAAAUGUUCACUGCAAAAUAUUAAGAGGAUCCUUUGUUUCAUACUGAAGGCCUUACAAUGGAGUCUCAAGUAGGCGGACAGGAUUCUAAAAACAGGCCUACUCUUCAGCUGGCGAGCUAGAUAUUCUCACACUGUUCACAGGCAUUUCCUGUACGCUGCCUAUAGUACCCACCACAGAUUUAAGGACUCUGCCACAAGGAUCUAUAGCUAGGACUUGAUGCCUCGCGUUUAACAGCCUGUAAAGCAGUAGAAACAAGCAGUCAGGUGUAUCCAUUUUCCCACCCAACUCAGCAGAAUUGCUGCUCAGCUAGAGUUGAAUAGUAGCAUCUAGUGUGACCUGAUAUUUCUCCAGGCUUAAUGAAUUUCUAAUUGCUCAUUAGCCCCAGAAGAUUUGCUAAAGCAAACACAAAGACAGCUGGAGACACUUGCAGUCUCUAAAAUGAAUGAAAGGCAAUCAUUCUGAACAAAAUACUUGGUUGUCUUCAAAAUCUGCUGGAAGACAAGCAAGGUAAUAAAAACUAGCAACAGCUUCUUAUGAAGCAGAAGUUCUAAUAACCCAUGAAUAAUACACCACAAAGUUCUGUUAUUCAAAAUAUACUGCCUUUCAUGUUGAAAGCAGAACAGCUUUGCUUCCUCUGGCAUAUCUUUACAGACAGACCCCAUUCUAGAGGGAUUUAGACCUUUCAAGAACCAUCCUAAAGCACCUGUACAUUAACACUGAGCGUGACAGUAUGCACAUUUCUUCAGUGGCCAGGGAGGCGAUUCUUUAAUGGUCAUCCUACACGCAAUCUUAUGUUCACAUGCUUUCUUCUCAUCAUGAUUAUCAGAAACAUAAUACAACUCUAGCUGGAUUGGCGACCAGACAGAGGAACAGUAAUCUCUGUGCUCGGUGCUGGAGAAGGAAUGGUGAAGUUCUCUGUUCAACAGUCAUUUGCACCUGCUGAUUCUAGGAGUUCUGUCUGGUCAUAGUUCACUCAGUAGACAGAGGAAUUUAGAGCUAUGAUCACCAACAUAAGCAAGAGAUUUAAUCCUAACCAGCUGUCAAAGGUCAGGAAAAAAAAAAAAGGGGGAUUAUUUCAGUCUGUGCUUAAUUGAUUGUAUUUUUUCCUCCUGACUCACUUUUACCAAUAACUCAAAGAUGCCCAUCUUCCCCAACACUACCUUAACACAUACCAAGCAAUUUGGUACCCAAAGUCACAAUCCCAGUGAAGAAAGUGAUAGCAGAUAAUUACUUCAUUCUCACGAAGGAAUUCUCCAACAAAGGGAGACCUACCUAUGAAAAAGUGUUACCUAGUCUGCAAUAAAAAGUCAUAAAAAGUG